GAAGAGGUGAUGUUGGCAGUGUAAUAAAUAAAUUUUUUCGGGCAAAAAAAAAAUGGAUUUGCACAUCGAAACUCGCGAGUACUCGCAGGCCACCACUUUUUUUUCUGUGAUGUUCAUGUUAUAUAUUUCUCGUUAAUGUCUUGCGUGUCUACUUUUUGAUGUGAUGUCCGCCGCAUUUUCAUCAUCGCCACUAUUUUACAUACGAUAAUUCUUCCAUUGAUUUGCGAAUAAUUUUUUUUUUCGAUUUUCAUUCAGAUUAAUCAAUGAAUAUUCUUAUCAUAAAAUAUAACCAACAACUUGUCACAAAUUCAAAUGAUUGUCAAUGAUGACGAUAAUAAUUUCGAUUGCAUCAUCAUUUAUUUAAAUCUCAUCGCAUCUUAUCUAAUCUUGAUAAAUAAAAAUCCCAAUCAAAAAUCAAAACAUUAAAUCAAUGGCAUCGAUUAUGAAUCAUAAUAAUGUUGAUGAAAUUGUGAAUAAUUCACAUUCAUUGAAAUUAGAUUUAACCAUCAACGAAUUACUUGGACAAAAGGAUGCAUUACUAAAACUAGAACCUGAAUGGAUACAAAAAUUUACUGAUCAUUUGAAAACUAAAUUGAAAAAACAAAAUGAAUUUUCCAUAAAAAUUGGCUAUUUUGAAAAUGGUGAAAAAAUUGGCUUAACUUCAUCCGAAUUGGAUAAUUGUUUUGAACAAUUGAAUGAAAUAGCUAGUACGAUUGGUGCCAAUCUAAUACGUUUAUGUCGUAAACAAGUGAAUUCAUCCAUUUAUUAUGCCGAUGAAUGUCUAAUACGGAAACAAUCACAAGCCGAUGAUUUUCAUGAAAUUCGAGUGGCCGUCGUUGGAAAUGUCGAUUCAGGCAAAAGUACAUUGUUAGGAGUAUUGACUCAUUGUGAAUUGGAUAAUGGCAGAGGAUUAGCUCGACAACGAUUGUUUCGACAUAAACAUGAAUUAGAAACAGGUCGUACUUCGAGUAUUGGAAAUGAUAUACUUGGAUUCGAUAGUUCGGGAAAUGUUGUCAAUAAACCAUCAUCACAUGGCAAUAGUCAACAAUGGUCGAAAAUUUGUGAAGAAUCAUCCAAAGUUAUAACAUUCAUUGAUUUAGCUGGCCACGAAAAAUAUCUCAAGACGACAAUUUUCGGUAUGACCGGACAUUCACCGGAUUAUACACUGUUGAUGAUUGGAGCGAAUGCCGGCAUUGUUGGAAUGACCAAAGAGCAUUUAGGCGUUACAUUAGCAUUGAAUAUACCGGUGUUUGUUGUUAUAACUAAAAUCGAUAUGUGUCCCUCAAAUAUUUUACAAAACACUAUUUCUUGUUUGAAAAAAGUUCUUAAAUCACCCGGUUGUCGGAAAAUUCCUAUUCUUGUUGAAAGUGAUGAAGAUGUUGUUAUUUCAGCUACUAAUUUUGUUUCGGAAAGAUUGUGUCCAAUAUUUCAAGUAUCAAACGUGGAAGGAACCAAUCUAAAUUAUUUAAAGAAAUUUCUUAACCUUCUUAACUCAAGAGCACCGAAUCAUGAUAAUUUUCUAGCCGAAUUUCAAAUCGACGAAGUAUAUUCAGUGCCGGGCGUUGGAACGGUCGUUUCUGGUAUUUCUCUCAAAGGUGUCAUUAAAACCAAUGAUACAUUACUGCUUGGCCCGGAUUCGCUUGGAAAUUUCUUACCUGUUGCAGUUAAAUCGAUCCACCGAAAGCGAUUACCGGUUAAAGAGGUCAGAAGCGGUCAAACAGCAUCAUUCGCAUUGAAAAAGAUUAGGAAAAACGAAAUUCGUAAAGGAAUGGUGAUGCUUUGUCCUUCGAUUAACCCAAAAUCGUAUUGGGAAUUUGAAGGUGAAAUAUUGGUACUUCAUCAUCCUACAACUAUUAGUGCUCGAUAUCAAGCGAUGGUUCAUUGUGGUAGUAUUCGCCAGACAGCUCAAAUUUUAUCAAUGAGUCAAGAUUGCUUAAGAACCGGUGAUAAAGCGAAAGUACAUUUCCGUUUCAUUAAAAAUCCUGAAUAUAUUAAUGUAGGUAUGAAAUUGAUUUUUCGAGAAGGACGAACCAAAGCAAUUGGUACCGUGACAAAAUUCUUCGGCAUACACCGGUAUUGGCGUAAUGAAUUGAUCAAAAAAUUAGAUCCAAUUCCUGGUACCAGAUUGUUGGAUGUAGCUGGUGGAACUGGUGAUGUUGCAUUUGAAUUUUUACGUUAUACGAAUGAAAACAAUGAUAAUGAAAGUUCGGUCAUUGUUUGUGAUGUUAAUGAAAAUAUGUUGAAAAUUGGUCAAAAACGAGCGCAAAAAUUUGGAUUUCAUCAUGAUCGCUGUCAAUGGGUAAUUGGUGAUGCUAUGAAUUUACCUUUCGAUACAGAAUCAUUCGAUGCUUAUACGAUAUCGUUCGGCAUAAGAAACGUUGUGGAUGUGAAUCGUGCAGUACAAGAAGCAUUCCGUGUGCUUAAACCUGGUGGAAUAUUUCUAUGUUUAGAAUUUUCAAGCCAAGUGAACAAUCCUAUUCUGAAAAGCGUUUACGAUUGGUAUUCAUUUCAAAUUAUACCAGUGAUGGGUGAAAUAUUAUUGAAUGAUUGGCACUCAUAUCAAUAUCUAGUCGAAAGUAUUAGAAAAUUUCCUGAUCAACAAACAUUUAAAUCAAUGAUCGAAACAAAUGGAUUUACAUUAGUUGAUUAUGAGAAUUAUUUAAGUGGUGUUACAUCCAUUCACUACGGUUUCAAGCCAUUAUUUAUCGAAUAGUUUUAUCAAAUAAAACGAUAAUUUUGAACAAAAAAAAA